CGCAAGUCGUGGCCAACGGUUCGUUGUCUCGGACUCGGAAUACAAAUCAACCACCGGAGUUCUCUUAGCUUCAACCCAGCGUGGGGGUAAACGAAAAAAUUCGAAAACAGGCAGGAAAACGAUUUGGGGAAGCGACCAAAGAUGGAUAGCACCGAAUUUCGAAAACGUGGCAUGGAAAUGGUGGAGUACAUCUGCAACUAUCUGGAGACUCUGAAUGAACGCCGAGUCACGCCCAGCGUGGAACCGGGAUAUCUGCGGCAUCUGCUGCCAACUGAGGCACCACAGGAGCCAGAAGACUGGGACCAGAUUAUGCGAGAUGUCGAGGAUAAGAUCAUGCCCGGCGUGACGCACUGGCAGCAUCCGCGCUUCCAUGCCUAUUUUCCGGCGGGCAACUCGUUCCCCUCAAUUCUGGGCGACAUGUUGGGUGACGGAAUCGGAUGCAUCGGCUUUUCCUGGGCAGCCAGUCCCGCGUGCACCGAGCUGGAAACGAUUGUGCUUGAUUGGCUGGGCAAGGCCAUUGGCUUGCCGGAUCACUUUCUCGCCCUCAAGGAGGGCAGCACUGGCGGAGGAGUCAUCCAGACUUCCGCAUCGGAGUGCGUGCUAGUCACGAUGCUGGCUGCCAGGGCACAGGCCCUUAAGAGGCUCAAGGCGCAGCAUCCGUUUGUAGAAGAAGGCCACCUCUUGUCCAAGCUGAUGGCCUACUGCUCCAAAGAGGCGCACAGCUGCGUGGAGAAGGCGGCCAUGAUCUGCUUCGUGAAACUGCGUAUCCUUGAGCCUGACGAAGACGCCAGUCUGCGCGGUCAGACCAUCUACGAGGCCAUGGAGGAAGACGAGCUGCAGGGCUUAGUGCCGUUCUUUGUCUCCACCACGCUGGGCACUACAGGCUCAUGUGCGUUUGACAAUCUGCCGGAGAUUGGCAAGCAGCUGCAGCGCUUCCCGGGCGUCUGGCUGCAUGUAGAUGCCGCCUAUGCCGGCAACAGCUUUAUCUGCCCCGAGCUGAAGCCCCUCCUAAAGGGCAUCGAAUACGCCGACUCAUUCAACACGAAUCCCAACAAAUGGCUGCUGACCAACUUCGAUUGCUCGACGCUGUGGGUGCGGGACCGCAUCCGCCUGACAUCAGCCCUGGUGGUGGAUCCGUUGUACCUGAAGCACGGCUACUCGGAUGCGGCCAUCGACUAUCGUCAUUGGGGAGUUCCACUCAGCCGUCGUUUUCGUUCGUUGAAGCUGUGGUUCGUGCUGCGAUCUUAUGGGAUUUCCGGGCUGCAGCACUACAUACGUCACCAUAUCAAGCUGGCCAAGCGAUUUGAAGAGCUGGUGCUCAAAGAUAAACGCUUCGAGAUCUGUAACCAAGUCAAGCUGGGCCUGGUCUGCUUCCGUCUGAAGGGUACCGAUAAGCUGAACGAAAAGCUGCUUAGCAUAAUCAACGAGUCCGGGAAACUGCACAUGGUACCGGCCAGCGUGGGUGAACGCUACAUCAUCCGGUUUUGUGCGGUUGCCCAGAAUGCAACCGCCGAGGACAUCGACUACGCCUGGGACAUUAUCGUGGACUUUGCCAACGAACUGCUGGAGAAGGAGCAACACGACGAGCUGUCCGAGAUUAUGAACCGGAAGAAGCAGGACACGCUGGCUCAGAAGCGCUCCUUCUUCGUGCGUAUGGUUAGUGACCCGAAGAUCUACAAUCCGGCUAUCAACAAGGCAGGCACACCCAAGCUAUCAAUGGAGCUACCAUCGCCGGUGGUAAGUCGCGGCAGUGCCCCUAUUAUACGGACUCAAAGUUCGGUGGAUCACAACUCGUGGAUAUCCUGGCCACUGGCCUUCCUCUUCAACAGCAUCAACGAGGAGAAGGGCAGCAAUGUCUCGUUGCGCUUCCGACAUCUGGACACGAACGUAAGACCCUCGUCGUCACGUCGAAAUUCCGGAGCAGGAUCCUCACCUUCUCCAGAAAACGAGUUGGAGUAUGUGAAUGUCCAGCAGCAGCAACUGGAGCAGCGAUCCCCACGACGAUCGCCCAUGGUUGUGCGCAAGUCAUCGGCCACACGGGAUAAUCCCAACUAAUAAAUAUCCACUCAGUUUAUGAAAACACACUACUAUAAUGCAGUAUUAGCGCUUCCUUAAGCCGGGCGCCUAGUUGAAUUCUAGACCAAUCUACAAUGCGGUGGGACACCAAACAAAGGGCUUCUCACGAUCUCCCAUAUAAUAUUUAUGCUAUAAGUUCCCUGGUGGCAAUAUCAAACGAAUAACUUUCUUGUUUAGCAAAUGCAAUAAAUAUUAUUUCAAAAUAUUA